AUGGCAUCAUCACUGCAAAAAUUGGAUACCAAUGCUGUGUGGUUCGUGACUGGAUGCUCGUCCGGUAUUGGCAAAUCCCUCGCAAAAACAAUUUACAACGCUGGUCACUGCAUCGUCGCUACCGCACGCGAUGUGACAUCUCUCUCCUAUCUCCCCGAUGGCCCAACAGUUCUCAAACUACAUCUAGACGUAACACGUCAGGAGACAAUUACUAAAGCAGUUGCCGAAGCUGUUGAUAAAUUCCACGGAAUCGACGUCUUCAUUAACAAUGCCGGCUACAGUCUGAUGGGCGAUACGGAAGGAAUCGUCGAAGCUGAUGCACGACACCAGCUAGAGACGAACUUCUGGGGUCCAGUUCACGUUACUCGUGAGGCACUCCGAGUUUUUCGAGAAGUUAAUAGUCCCGGUCGGGGUGGGACUGUUGUUCAAGUUUCUUCCAUGGGAGGGUGGAUUACUGCUCCGGGUCAUUCGUUCUAUCACGCCAGUAAAUUUGCUCUGGAAGGCUUCACAGAAUCAGUGGCCAAGGAAGUCGAUCCCACCUGGAACAUCAAAUUCCUGAUCGUCUCUCCCGGUGGUGUCCGGACAAAUUUUGCGGGGUCCAGUCUCAAGCAAGCACCACGACAUCCGGCAUACGAUGAUCCAAACAGUUCAUUCAGUCAAUUGAUCAAGUAUGUCACAAACCCCGAGUCACAGUCGACCUGGAGUGAUCCAGAUAUAUGUUCUCGGGUUCUCUUCGAGGCGGUGGUUGGACAGAAUGAGCGCCCGUUACCCACGCGUUUACUUAUGGGGGUGGAGUCGAUUCCUUUAAUUAAGGAUGAUAUCCAACGGACCUUGAAGGAUAUUGACACGUGGGAGAAGGAGACGGUGCGAUGUUCACCAAAUGGUGGUGCUGUACUCAGCAUCUGA